AUACCUCCGCGCAGUGCUAAGAUCGCCGCUGUCAUUCGGUGUCUAACUAGCCUUCAGCCAGAGGAGGUGGAGGAGAUCCAGCAAGGAAAGCGUAGGAAAAAUUUAGCAAAGAAAGCAUCAUGUCUCUGUCUAACAAACUCACCCUGGACAAAGUGGACGUCAAGGGGAAGCGGGUCGUUAUGAGGGUUGACUUCAAUGUUCCAAUGAAGGACAAGCACAUCACGAACAACCAGAGGAUUAAGGCGGCCCUUCCCAGCAUCCAACACUGCUUGGACCACGGGGCCAAGUCGGUUGUGCUGAUGAGUCAUUUGGGCCGUCCUGAUGGAAACUUCAUGCCUGAGAAGUACUCCCUGGAGCCCGUUGCCGCUGAGCUCAAGACCCUGCUUGGAAAGGAUGUCACUUUCCUGAAGGACUGUGUGGGUGCAAAUGUGGAAGCUGCCUGCGCUGACCCCGCCACCGGAUCGGUCAUCCUGCUGGAGAACCUCCGCUUCCAUGUGGCAGAGGAGGGAAAGGGAAAGGACCCCUCUGGAAACAAGACCAAGGCCACCCAGGAGCAGAUUGACUCCUUCAGGGCAUCCCUGUCCAAACUGGGAGAUGUAUACAUCAAUGACGCCUUUGGCACAGCUCACAGAGCUCACAGCUCCAUGGUGGGAGUGAAUCUGCCUCAGAAGGCUUCUGGUUUCCUGAUGAAGAAGGAGCUUGAUUACUUUGCCAUGGCUCUGGAGAAACCUCAGAGGCCCUUCCUGGCCAUCCUCGGAGGAGCGAAGGUGAAAGAUAAGAUCCAGCUGAUCAACAACAUGUUGGAUCAAGUCAAUGAGAUGAUCAUCGGCGGUGGCAUGGCCUUCACCUUCCUUAAAGUACUCGACAACAUGGAGAUUGGUAACUCCCUGUAUGAUGAGGAGGGGGCCGGCAUUGUCAAAGACCUGAUGGCCAAAGCUAAAAAAAACGGCGUCAAGAUUACACUGCCCGUCGACUUCGUCACUGCUGACAAGUUUGAUGAGAAAGCCACCACCGGCUCUGCAACCGUUGCUGAUGGCAUCCCCUCCGGCUGGAUGGGCUUGGACUGUGGACCAGAGAGCUCCAAGGCUUUUGCGGCGGCUGUGGCCAGAGCCAAGCAGAUCGUCUGGAAUGGUCCAGUCGGUGUGUUUGAGUGGGACAACUUUGCCAAAGGGACGAAGAACCUGAUGGACAAAGUUGUCGAGGUGACCAAAUCGGGCUGCAUCACAAUUAUUGGUGGGGGUGACACUGCCACCUGCUGUGCCAAGUGGAACACAGAAGACAAAGUCAGCCAUGUUAGCACAGGAGGUGGUGCGAGCCUGGAGCUGUUGGAGGGUAAAGUGCUGCCUGGUGUAGAGGCCCUCAGCAGUGUCUAAACUUCCUAUGUGCCCACAGUGAGUGAGUGUAUGAGAGGUGGGUAGCUGCUCAGCCAGACUCCUGUUUACUCCAGAAACCUUCCCACCCUGCAGAAAACCUGCUGGCUUUGUCAUCCAUUUUGUCUUGUCUUCAUCCUUUGUUUUUUAAAGUAAUGUCAGUUGUGAUUAGGGAAGCAUAAUUUCCUGUUCCUCCAAUGUACUGAUACGUCUCUAACAAGUAGAGCUUUUUGCCUUACUUCAACAUGUUGAUGAAACUGUCCAUGUCAAACUGCUGGAAAUAGGAGUCAUUACUUGACAUUGAUGUAUAACUUUUUAGAAAUACCUGUAACGCAAAGAUCAAAUGGCUUGUUAAGGUGGUAGUUUAUUUUGUUCAUAGGGUAUAUUUUCCUAUUGACCUGCUGAAUAGACGACUGAAAUACAAACACUCUGUUACCAUCACCAGAAUCUGGGUUUAAACAGUGGGUGUUGGCACUCGGCCUCGCUUCUCUGCUCAUUUUCUCAUAGUCACUUCAGGAUUACUGCUGUUUCUUAAAAAAAAGUCACCCCAGGAAAAACACUGGCUGUUUGUCUGUAAAUGUGUGUAUUGUGUCACUUUUGACCAACCACCCUGGGAACGUCACAGCACCACUGACGCUUAUCUCUCUCUAUAUAUACAGUAUAUUUAGAAACGGUUAAUGUGGUGUGUGUACCUAGGCCUAACAUUCUGUCUGUUCGCACCAACAUGGGCUCUGGUAAUGUGUCCUCUCUGGCUGUUGGUUUCUGAGCAGCACCAGACAGACGUGUCAGUCUCAACGGUUCCGAAUAAUAAAGCUGUCUCAGCGUAAAACCUU